AUGCCUCCCGAGAAAGGCGGAAGGGUCGUCUUCAUCGGCAACAUCCCCUAUGGCGUGAGCGAAGAGCUCAUCACCGAAACCCUGAGUCGCGUCGGCCAGGUCCUCAACUUCCGCCUCGUCUACGACAAAGACUCGGGCAGACCCAAGGGCUUUGGUUUCGCCGAGUUCUCUGAUGCUGAAGAUGCCGCCUCCGCCGUGCGGAACCUCAACGACUACGAGCUCAUGGGCCGCAAGUUGAGGGUUGAUUACUCCAACGACAACGGCGCCGGCGACAGUGCCCCCGCGAACUACAACCCACCACAGCCUGCAUCCAACGGCCAAGACGCCCCGCCUUCCGCUACGCUCCCUCCCUUGCCACCGGGUGUCGACGUGCCGCCAAACCUUACCUGUCCCGACGCCAUCUCCAAAACGCUCCAAACCCUGCCUCCUCCACAAUUGCUGGACAUACUUUCGCAGAUGAAGGGACUGGUUACCACCGACCCGGCCAAGGCUACCGAACUGCUGAGACAGGCCCCGCAGCUGUCAUUUGCCAUAUUCCAGGCGUUGCUGCUUCUGGGAUUGAUCGACCAGUCUCUCCUCACCUCGGUCGUGGACACGACAACCAUCCCGCAACCGGAACCCCAGCCACAACCUGCUGCCACACCUAUGCCACCCCAGGCAUUCCCGGGAUACCCGCCCCAGCAGCCUGGUCGUGGUGUGAUGAACGUCCCCACUCCCCCUGUGGGCAAUCCAUAUCAACAACCUCCGAUGCCGAUGCAGCAGCCUGCCGCUCAACCCCAAGUACCUUUCGACCAGCAGGCAUUGAUUCGGCAGGUGAUGCAAAUGUCGCCGGAAACCAUAGCGGCUUUGCCACCGAGCGACCGGGCGCAGAUAGAGGCGCUGCGGGCGCGCAUCAUGGCGACGGGAUCACCCUUCUAG